GCUUUACACCGUGCUUGGCCACAAAGCUCUGAAAUCGUGCAGCAAGACAUGCAAUUUCUCAUCUCAUCCGGGGGAUCUUCUUCUUCUCCUCCUUCCCCCGGACUUGAGCGUCGCCAGAAAUGACAGCCUUCGUCGUUGCAGACGAUAGUAUGUGUCAGCGCUAAUGCCACAUGACUGACAGCAGACGCCAAACUGUUUCAUGUAACACUAAAUUUGUGAACCCGAGGCCUGGUUUUAACGCAUGACUGUUGUCAGCUUGUUUAUCUUUUCGAGAGUGCUGGGUGUUGUGAUGCAGUAGUGUACUUCGCGUGGCGGCGAAACUCUUUGCGAGGAGGACACGUGUUGCACACCUUUGGUUUUUUAAACCGCCUGCAUAGCAGCGCCAUCGUCUGCUCAGCUGAUCGACAAGCGAACACACUCUCUGAUGGAAACUCAUCUAUAUCUUAUAACUGCGCGCGUGUCUGUGUUGAUCUCAAGUACUUUCAAUUUUUCGCAAUGUUUUACAGUGUCAGGCUCAAGUCAACACCAAGUGAUUCUUCGUAAACAGAUGAUUUCUUUUUGAAGAAAGCACUUUUAUUCAAGAUUCAUACAUUUCCACGAGAAAUACACGCAACAUUUCCAAGGCAAAUAUAAAAUCGCCAGGUCAGGUCCAUGACUUAAUCCAAACAUGAAGUUGAUUUGGCCAUUGGCAUGAAAAGAUGACUGCAGGAAUUUUGGACACUAGUAGAGGCAGUGCAGCAUUAUUGGAAAUUGUAUUUGAACAAAAUUUUAACAGAAACUGGCCUAGGAUGGACUAAUAAAAUAAAAAAGAAGAGCAAGAUUUUCAAGGCAUACUGUCAAGUGACUUGCAUCUGCUGGGAGACUGCCACUGUAUGUAACUUUCCUAAAAUGCAGCCAGUCCUGAGUCCUUUCUUCCAUCUGCUGUAUGUAUGUGGUGGCAACUCUGGCUUACUGCCAUUGCAGGCAGUUUCCAAGUCCAUCAUUGUUCUCUUCUUAGUAUCUGUAGUACUGCUGGGGACAGUGAUGACAUUAGAUCAAUCUUCACCAGCUCUCAGCACAACAAGCAUGACAAGAGAAGCUACCACUUCCCUUCCUAAUGCAGGCAUUAGAUCAUCAUGCAACUCACGGUCCUGCUCUUCACAGGCAAACGUGCCGUGCAAGAUCAACGUCUUCGACAGCCUCUGCGUGAUCAGUUACAAGCAGCGCAAUCACUUCCCCAACAGACCCCGGGACCUGAACAUCAGUCACACAGUCGUUGGAAAUCGGCGAUUAUUUAAUAUCACCUGGAAACCACCAUAUGACUAUUCCUACAAAGUGUUGGAUGGCUUCGAGCUGAUUCUGUACAUCCGUAGGAACAGAUCAAUCGAUUUUCCUGAGUGCAUCUUCUUCAACCUGUCUGGCAUCAACUGGACUGAAGUCGAAGAUAUUCAUGAUGUACUCUUCUUCUUUGACUGCUGGCAUGAGGGGGCGAACACAGAGCUGGAUCUCCACAUGCGCCUCUACAGUACCCCGCUCCCCGAACGUCAGGCCCUGUUCGCCUCCAGAAACUUGUCACUCGCAGCUGCUACUGAAUGGAAGCCCCGGAUCCAUUGCAGUGUACUGCCAAAUGGCACUGCUUUUGUCACCAUUUAUCCUAAGUUUCCUGGUGCUGCACACUACCAAGUUUGUAUGAUCAACAAUUCUGUUUGCCAUGGAAAUGUUUCAGAACAUGAGGAGUUUGUGGACAGCAUUAUUUACAUGAUCAUUAAUCUUGAUACCAGACUGUCCUACGAGAUAUGGGUGAGGCCAGAGACCAAAGCGGGGCAUCCACUUGACACCUAUGUCGUAAAAAAAGAUUUGUGCAUUUUUCCUCAUCAAACCCCAGCACCAACACCAGCACCAGAACCAACAACACUGUUGCCAACAUCUACUUUUGCAAGUGAUCCCUCUGAAUCUCAAGCCACCCUAAUAGCCCUUGGGACUCUACUGGCAGUGAUCAUUUUUUGCGUGAUUCUCGGAUUUGUUGUUAAAAAGGGUUACCUUAAGAGGAUAUUUCCCUGUUUUCUUUGGUUCCAUUGUUGCAGACAGCAGCCUUUAAACAUUCUUCUGUUAUAUAUACACGAAGAUGAAGACUUCUAUACAAGCUUUGUGACAACUCACACUGGGCAUCUGAAAAGCAUCAUUCCCUGCAAUUUCGUAGACAGCAGGGAUGUUCGGCACCAAUCUAUGCCCAACAGCUGGCUCACAUCCCAGACACACAGAUGCCAUGUGUUGGUCUAUGUGUCACCAUUACUGCUGCAAUGUUUAUAUGGUCAAAAUUUCACCAGCAACAAUGCAUACCACACUAUCAUUGUGGAAGCUGUGAGAAGUUUGACAGACAGAACAUUCAGCAGACAUAAAAGAGCAGUUUUUGUUUUAUCGGGCUGCUGUGGUUUGAAUGCAGAUGCAGCUGGAAGACUCACAAGAGACUUUAAUCUACCCUGUCAUUUAGUGGCACAGAACAGAGAUGGGCCAGAAGGUGGUGUGACCUUGAACUCACCAUGCAGUCUCCUGCAUGAGAUUCUGGGCACAAAAAUGUGCCCAUGCUUCACCUAUUUAGCAUGCAGUGACUCAACAGGCACAGCCAGGUCACUGUUGCAAGCACUGCAGCGUUUGCAAAACAGCAGUCAGUACUCUGAUGAAUACAUUUCUGGGUUUCUGUCAUCAGCACCAUGUCAUGGAGCAACUGACUCCCCAUAUCGGAGCCAAUGUUUGCCAGAAGACUGUAAUGUCAGCCUCUUAAAUGGCGUAGACAGUGGCUUUGAGCCAGGUGGUAAGGGUUCCAAUUCUGAUCUGUCCAGCAGCCCGCCUUGUACCUUCAUAAACCAUGAAGAUACAAGCGAGAUGGAUUUGUAUCAGUAUCAAGUCAUAGAAGGCUCAAGAGGGAUCAAUCCAGAGACUAUCAGCUUUAUCAGGCCAGAAGAGCUAAUGUCCUGCAGUGGGAGUCAGAUUAACAUUGAGAAAUGCCUGCACACAAUUAAUGAAAAUAGCGGCCGGCAUUGGUGAUGUAAAGAUGUUUUCUGAGAAAGAGGUGUUUUGGGAGUCUGCACUUUAAAAUUUUGACUACAGCACAAAAUGAGAAAGAAAUGUUUCAUGUGUGUGUGUGUGUGUGUGUAUUCAUAUGCGUUUGCAUGUGUGUAUGUUUGUGUUUUGAUGUAUUUGUAUUUGACCUGUUCACUUCUAAGCAGUUUCUCUCACCCAUUGAAUGAUUCCAGACAAUUAUUAAGAUCACUGGUGGAAAAUGUAGUGCUUCAAAAAUUUUAAUUUACAUGUUGAGUGGUUUUGAGUGAUCUUCACAUUAAGCAAUGAGGUUUAUUUUUGCUCUAACCUUCUCUUGGAUGUUGCUAUGGCUUUUUUCCUGGCUACUUUAUCAUGUAGUUUGCAUUUUGUGCAAGUCCCAGACAUCCAAAUUAGUUCAUCCAGACAUAAUUUUGUCAUAGAAAGUUACAACAUCUUUUGCUAAGAAAGAGCUAUUGUAGAGUCUUCUAGCUCCCGUUCUUCAUACUGUCAUGAAGAAGACAUUUUUAGUUGGGUGGUCAGUAUGUAUGCAGAACUUGCUCUAUCUCAAGUGACUCCAAUUGUGAGGGUAAGAGGUCAUUUCUGAUUUAUUUUUGUUUUGAAAAAGAGCUUUGAAGGCCUGGGAUAUCCUGCACAAUGCAUUUAAGUACUUUGUAAAAGUAAAGUUUGAAAGCAGUAUGCAAGUCUUUUAUGCAUAAUUUGCCAAAAACAGCCCAAACCUCAUUCUUGUAAGCUGCACCUUGUGUGUGCUUCAAUGUUCUGUAUCUGUGUGCACUAAUUAUUUAUGAGUCAUUGUUAACACAUUAACACAUGUGCUAAACAGACCAACAAAAAAACCUCUGUCGUCAUCCUUCAUAAAGAUAUUUCCAUACCCUACUAGCCUACCCAAGAAUGGUAGAUCAGCUAAGCAGAGGGGCUCAAACCCUGCAUUCAUGGAUGGAUUACCACACAGUAUUUUAUUAGAGAUGGCCUCUUCUGAUAACUUUUUUCAUUUCUAGAACAAAUGUGCAUAUGGUGAAGAUCACAAUAAAUUCAUUUCAUACAAAGUGAACAUUGCAUUUUGUUGUCUAAUACUUGCUCAAGGAACAUCAUUGGUCAGAAUGAAUAAAUUUGACUUUUCCUAUCUUCUUGCUUGCUUUUUCCAGUUCUUAAUUUUUUUUCCUUGGCAGAAAGUUCCACAUCUCCCCCUCUAGCCCCAAACUGCAUGCGUAAUGACACCCUUGAUCGGGUGUUCUCACUAUGCUAGUUAGUUAACCUCCUGAAUUGGGAGUUAGUUUGCCCAUUAGGGUAACUUAAUCAGCUGGUUCCCUACCCAAGCUAAGAGAGCUGUACCAAUGGGUAAAUUGCCAACAUCCUUGGAUACAAGCCCAUAAGGUGGGCAGAAAUGGGGAUGGCAGAUAAAGUACAACUCACCUUGUCAUGAUGGGGUCAUUUUUGUGCGUAUUUGGCAUUCCAAAACAUGAUGAAUAGUCAUCUACAAGUGCAUAAUUUGCACUUUGUUUGAAGAUGGUUCUAUUCUUACCUCUGACUGGACAUUGUUAUACAGCCCAGAUUGAAAGGGUUGUGUCCUUUGCAUUCAUUCUGUUUUACUUUAAUUGUAACAUUUAAAAUUGCUUCUGCCAAGAAGUUCUUGUGAUAACCAACAUUGCUCAAAGGUUUAUAAUGUAAAGCAUUCCAGAAUUGUACAUGUUAGUGCCCACUGGUUCUUGGUAAAUUUCUUGUUGUUUUUCUAUGGUGUUCCCUCUCAUUUUGCUCAUUUUCCUGUUCUACCUUAACUUGAUGUCAGUAAUUCUUCUCUGGGAUUUCUUCAGGAGAAUGUUGAUUGUAAUCAUACUAUCACAACAAAAUCCUGUUUUAAGAUGUUUAAGGAAAUAUUGUAAACUUGCUUUAAUGCAUUGAAUUUUGUGGAAUUUUGAGCUGCAUUGUCACUGUGCAUGCAAUUUGAUUGUUAGCUGAGGACUGGAAGUGAGAAAGAAUAUAUAUUCAUAUGAAUUUGUUUAAGAGGCCUUUGUGGACCUCAAAAUAUCUGCAAAAAGAGAACUACAGAAGCCAAAGUUAUAAAGCAAGUGUAAGUUGUUGCCAGGGACAACACAGGGAAUAAAGACAUACAUCUUGUUUCCAAAGAAAGAGAGGUGUCCACACCUGCAAGUAUUGUUUUACCCCUGGAGCCAUAGUUAUAAAGAGAUGGCAAAGAUUCCUUGGGUUAAAGAAAAAUGAUGUGUCCAUGCACUCUGGGCAUCACAUGGUAAUUAUGAAAAUAAGACACUUUUUCCUGGACCUAUUGAUUUUAGUUUAUUCUUUUCUUUUGCAUAAGACUGCAACAACGUUUCUCCAGCGGACCGGACUUUGGGCAGCCCCCUUCAGUUGGGCCCAUGUGGUUCCAGCAUCCUUUGCCUUGCUUUCCAAUUCAGUUUUUGCCUCCCAACUCUCCUCUUCCCCUGAGGGUUCCAGUCAUGCCUGCCUGGCAAUGGUGUCAGCUGGUAGGGUUUGUCCUAUCCAGCCCUGCUUGCUCUUAUCGAUGUCUUGGCUAGUGGCAUUGUGGUUGGUUUUGUUUUUUUUUCCAGCAUGCUGAGAUCUUUGCAGGCCAUCUAAUGCCCAGGAUAUGGCAUAGGCAUCGAUUAGUAAAGGUCUGAAGCUUGUUGCUGAUGGUGUUUGUCACUCUCCAGAUUUCAGAACCAUACAGGACUGCCUUCGUAAUGGCGUUGAAGAUGAGGGUGUGGAGAGAUAGUGUGGAGAUAGUGCACUUGCUGUGGAGAGAUAGUGGUCUGGAGUUCCAGAUAAAAUCAAAUCAAAUCAAAUCAGACUUUAUUGUCUGUUGAGGAGACCCAGGACAGAAAUUUUUCUUCGCUCACAAGGGCAGGCAUACAUACUCAUACAGACAUUUAACACACAGUUAGGAGUAAAGAUACAAGUAGUUUGGAUAGAUAGAUAGGGCCUAGGCUGGUUAAAGUAUGCUUGACCUUUUGAUGCUGUCAUCUGCUUCACCGUCCUUGUCCUUGUUGACUGUGCUCCCCAGAUAUAUGAAUCAGUCUGUUUUAAGGAUAUUCUCUUCUUGAAGUUGGAUUGGGACUUCCUGCUUCUUGUUGAUUCUUGUCACUUGGUUAAUGAGAAUUUCCCUUGUGGUUAACUUGGCAGGAUGAGUCUUUGCACAACCCCUGGAUAAUCUUUAUGAGCUUAAGAGGAAUACUAUAGUGGCGAUCAGCCUCCAGAGGGCCUGUCAAAGGCCUUCUCAAAACCUACAAAAGUUAUAAAAAGGGAGGAUUGCCAUUUGACUGCUCAAUGAUGAUACAGAGGGUGGUGAUGUGUUCAGACCUAUCCUUGUGAAGUCCUGUUUGUUCUGAGCUCAGUGCCUCCUUCAGUCUCUCUAGUAUUACCCUUGUUGACUUUGCUGGGAAUGGACAGCAGCAUGAUCCCCUGCCAAUUGUUGUACUGGGAGAGGUCUCCUCUCUUUCGUAACUUGACCUGGUGGCCUAAUUUUUAGUCUGCUGGGACUAGUUCUUGUUUCCAGAUCUUGUGUAGGAGUAGCUGGAAUAUUGUUGCUGUUGUUACUGGGUCUGCCUUGAGCGCCUCUGGGGGUAUGUGUUAUUUUGUAUAGUAGCUUCAUAUUUCCCUGUAUGGCUGCUGUGGGUGAAGCAUCUGAAGCUUUCAUCGGCACCUGUCAUUGGCUCUUCUAGAGAGGAAUGUUCCAGACCAGACCCCUGUUGGAAUACUGUUGUGGUUUCUGAAGCAAAUGGUGUUUUAUGGAUUGUUAGCCCAGAGCAAAACCCCCAUCAAGGAUGGCCAGGGUGCAACAUUUUGGCUUGGUUGGACCUGCCAGGAGCACAAGGAUCCUGUAGAUUGACGAAGUGUGCAAGCCACCACACCAGUACAAGGUAAGUUGCACCAGUUGGUAGUGGCUGCAGCAGAUGGUGGUGGGCUUCUGAAUUUUUUCUGGAGAAAUGACUUACUCUCGCUUCACAACUAUGGCCCAUAAUUGUUUAAGUUUACGUUUGCUUAGAGGCCCAAUAUUUAUUUCUUCACAUGACUGCUGGGAAAUUUUGCAUUUUCAGAGUUGUCUGUUUUUCUGAAGGCUGUUUCCUUGUAAAUUUGUUUUAACAUGGUUAGAGUUACAGGGUGUUUUACAGUGCACCUAAAACAGAAAUACACUUUUAAAACUCUGAGAAGCCAGGAGUUUUCAUUUUUUCAUUGAUGGCAUCAAGGCAUCAUUAAAUGUGUUCUUAAAGCAAGAAAGGGUCUGGAUUAUUUUAUAUAUAUAUAAAAUUUUUGUUUGGUCUUAUUUGUAAAUGUUGGCUUUAGUUCAGAUCUGGAAUGGAGCAGUUAUUUUGAUUAUUAAACAUUUGAUUUACUGUUAGUGAGUCUCAGUCCUUAGUUGCCGUAUUGUUUACCUCAUUAUAAUUGGGAUGCGAACAUGACUUUAAAUGGCAGAGUUUUUCUGCCUACAAUAUUUGUUAAAAUUGAUUUUCCGUCCACAGGUUAUGAUAACCCUGAGUUAGACCUUCAACUUUUGUAAAGCCCAGAAGUUUGUUCUUGUAGUUGUGCUAAGUUUAUGGUUUCUUUCUUGAUUCCAUGUUACUGGCAUAUUUUACAUUUUUUUCAAUUCAUGUGCUAAACUGUCAUUGAUUGAGAAAAGUAUGUACAUAUGUAUACGUGCAUUAUUAAUACAGUAAGGGGAAGAGAUUUUGACCUUGGUGAUAAACCUUGAUUGUAUGCCAUUUUGCAAGGAUAAGCACCAGGUGUAGUUGCAGUUGAGUGAACAAGAACCGUGUCUUGCAAAGAGUAAGUGGCAGCUCCACCUUCGCCUGAGAUUGCCUGCCACAUUUCUAAAAUGAAAGAAAAGUUUCAAUUUUUUUAUCUGUAAUUUUCUGCCUCUAGAUGAUGAGAUUUGAGAUGCAUCACUGAGAAUAGCCGAUCAACUAGAUCCAGCACUUGCUGUAAUAAAAGUUGCUGUUCACCACACUGUCAUCGCACCACUCACAAUUUGAUAUAAAUCAACUCGGAGCACAAACAGACACUUGUUUCCUUUGUUUUGAAAUUAACAAACUAAAUCAGUUAAAGAAAAUGAAAGGCAUGCAGCAUUGACAGAUGGUGAAAAACACAAAAAUACAGGUAGUAUGGAAUCUCAUGUGGCAUUAUUGCCUUAUGAGUUCCGAUAUGGCAGCUAGACAGCCUAAUUAAGCAGAGCCAGUCAGGGUCUAUCCACUAAUUUCAGAUCAUUGAAAUCAACCAAGAAAGAUGUCAAGCAUUCAUCCGUGCUGUUUCUAAUUAUUGUGGUCUGGUUCUAAAGUGGCAUUCAGUAGUUCUCUGUUUUAGUAAGCAGAAAUUUACUGUCUUAAUUAAUUUAACUUAAUAAUGCACUUUCCCUCCUGGCAUCUUCAGAAGUUAAUGUUUUACCUUCAGUGGCUAUGCUUCCUGACACUAAAGACAGUUUAGCGAGAAAAACAUUAACGUGUGUCAUUAAUGUUUGGCCUCUUUUACACACACCCCUUAACCUACAGGGAUCUUAUGUAUGGGUCCAAUCGUCUGGUGAGCUGAAGGAGCAGUGUAAUAAUGUCUAUGGCAUUUCUUUAUCUUUUUUUGUGCAAUGCAUUCUGUAGAGGGGAUGUGUUCUCCCCUCUUAACUUCCAGGAAGUUACAUAUAUUUUCCUAAAUAUCCUUAUCAACCUUGUAAGACUCUUGAAGCUGUAGUUAGUAGUUGUGGAGGGCCAAACAGAAGGGAACCAAAUCUCUUAGGGAAGACAGAAAGUGGCAGAAGGAGAAACUUGUAGUGUGCCAUCAGUGAAUCAUGAGGAACCUCUGUUUUCCUCCGCUGCAUCCACUUAAC